AUGUCAACGUCCAAACCAACCCCAUCAAUACUGAUCCUCGGCGCCGGGUGCUUUGGCCUCGCUACAGCCCAUCACUUCGCCUCUUGCGGAUAUUCCCACAUUAUUGUCCUGGACAAGGAUAGCGAGUUUCCCAGCCGCUUCUCAGCAGCCAACGACCUCAACAAGGUGAUCGGUGCCGAGUAUGCAGACCCGUUCUAUACCGACCUGACCCUGGAGGCGAUCCAUAACUGGCAGACCGACCCGUUAGAUGUAGUUGAGAAGUACUACUUGUCAGUCCAGAGCCACCCUGGCUUCAAAGGCCAAGUCCGACGAGUGACCGGCCACGCUGAAACCAAAGAACUUGCUCCGGGAUUUACCGGGCCCGUCGAGGGUUGGUCGGGAUACUACAACAAGCUCGCUGGAUACGCGCACUCCGCUAAUGCACUUGAGGCAGUGUACAAGGCCUGUCCGGCUCUCGGGGUCAAAUUCAAACUUGGGCACAUGGACGGAGAGGCCGAGGUGCUCCUUUAUGCCUCCUCCCUCCGCAACGGCAUGACCUGUAUCGGUGCCAGAACUAAAGGUGAAAACGUCCAUCCAGCCGACAAAACUAUCGUGGCCCUCGGCGCAAGCACCCCGACCCUCAUUUCGAGUAUCGGGAAGCAAAUGACCGGCCGGUGCUGGGGUAUCGCGCACAUCCAACUCACGACCGAGGAAGUCCGCUCGCUACGCGGCAGCCCCGUAACAAACGUCCGCGACUUAGCCUUCUUCUUCGAACCAGACCACGAGACUAACAAGCUCAAAUUCUGCCACAUGGGUGGCGCCUUCACGAACUUUUCUGGAGGAUCGAAAGCAGAAUCUGGCCUAUCCAUACCGUUCACCACCCCUUCCGAAUCUCAAUUUAUCCCCGCCGACGAUGAGCGAUAUAUCCGCCAACUCCUCCGCGAGGCCCUUCCAGGUCUUGUGGACCGGCCACUCAUCGACGCGCAUCUGUGUUAAAUUACCGAUACUGAUGACUCGGACUAUAUCAUUGUUUUUGCCCCGUGGAAGGGUGAGUCGCUCGUGGUUCCCUCGGCCGACUCUGGGCACGGCUUCAAGAUGAUGCCGAUCUUUGGAAGCUUUGUGCAAACGCUCUUGGAGAAGGGGAGGCAGGCGCAGGUUAAGUGGCAAUGGAAUCGAUCUAAGCCGGGCCCG